AUGAUAAGGCGCACUCUGGAAUUGAUAAAGGAUGUGCAAGACAUUCCGCCUCCUCCGAAGAGAGCUUUGUCGUACGACACGGGAAAAGAAAUUAUACAAUGCAAACUCUGCAAUCGUUGGUUGCAGCCUACAUCUCUGUUCAAACAUAAUGCACGAUUUCACGAUGAAGAGAAAAAGUCCGAAUAUUCCAUUGUAUGCCCAGUUUGUCCGUCAAGAGUACGCUUCCAAGAAGAUCUUGUGAAACACUGUCGUGAAGCUCAUAAAGAUGAAGCAUGCGUGGUUCAAACCGAGUUAUUCAAGAGUGUGGAAGACUAUGAGGCUUGGAAAGAGUCGGUAGCAAAAGCGUACUGUACAGCCUGGCUCAAUGUUGGACGAAGUCGUAAUGUGGUACACGAAAUAGCCUACUACCGUUGCAGCAGAGUCCAUUCUACACGUCGUCGUGCCAAAAAAUUGCUUCCUGAUGCACAGUAUGGCUACUGUACUUCUUUUUUAAAUGAGUACAUCUACGACGACGGCACUGUAUUCGUGAAGUACUGCGUGCGACAUAUCAGUCAUGAUGUUAAUGCUGCCUCUCUUCCCCUUACCAAAAAAGACAGAGAGGUCAUUGCAAGAUAUCUGGAGUGGAAUUUUGACGAGGACAGUGUACGGGAUAUGAUACGGGAGGUGUAUAAUGAUCCUAGAACCAGGCUUUAUUGGAUUCGACCUGAAGACAUCAAAAAAGCCAUGUCCAGCGUCGCGUGGCAGAAACGUAAACAACGAGUAACCGUUUCGUUGGCUGAGGAAGGAAGUGCUAUUGACGACUCUGAUGAUAGGCCUUCAUCACUGGGCAGUAUGUACGAUGAGCCGUUUGUUCCCGCUGUGGAAGAUUCGGGAGAACCAUCCACCUCUAACGCUGCUAUUGCAGAUGGAUUGUCGGCAACAUACAGCGUUUGUGACGAUCCAUUUGUUCCUUCCGACGAAAAACUUACAGAGCCAUUCGGUGGAUCCUAUGAUGACACUGCUGAUAGGCUGCUGUCGUCUUGUAGCGCUCCAUAUGACUCCUGCAGUGCCUCUGCAACGAAUGCCGAAGAGCAAUCCACGUCAAGCGUUGAGACUGCCGACAAAUUGUUACCAAAUUGCGACACUCAUGAUGACCGAUGCAUUCCCGCUAUAGCUUUAAUGGAGGAGCCAUCCACUGUGAAGAUCAUAAGCGAAAGUCCCUUUACUGAACGUAAAACUGAAAUGAAUAGCGUUCUUUCAACGGGAUCUCUCACACCCAUAGAAGAGGCCGCCAUCCCGGCUGAAUCACUGCUUGGAUGCGCAUCUUGUGCUAAACUGAGGAAAAGGGUUGCUGAACUUCAAACCACGGUGGGUUUGUUAAAGAAAAAGUUGGCAGAAGCACCAGAGUCAGAUCUUUUCGAUAAUAUGAUCGUCAAGAAGGAGACAACCUAG